AAUCUACAGCCGGUGACUUUAUAAUCUACGACUCAUGUACAGCAUGUUCUCUCAUUCUCCAUGCUCCAGAUCCCACCUGAGAAUGGGGAAAGUGAUGAAAGGCUUCGUCUGGACCCUCACACUCAUCCUCUUCAUCCAGUAUGGAUUUGUUGAAGGUGUUCCGCAGCCCCGAGACACGACCAUAAGGAACUGCUCUGCCAGCCCCCCAUAUAUUCCACCAACUGCAAAACUCUCUACUGAAGACCUGCAUAAACUUCGCCAGCAAAUGAGAGAGCACAACAUCACAGCUUAUAUUAUUCCAGCCACUGACCCCCACCUGGGUGAAUACACCGCAAACCGCGAAAAACGGCGACAAUGGUUGACUGGCUUUACUGGAUCUUCAGGCACCGCAGCGGUCACCCUCACCAGAGCCGCCGUCUUCACUGAUAGCCGGUACUGGACCCAGGCAGAGCGGCAGAUGGACUGUAACUGGGAGCUUCAGAAGACCCUCUCAGCUUCUGAAAUUGUGUCCUGGAUCCUGCAAGAGCUGAAGGAGGGAGACGAGAUCGGCUUUGACCCUUUCCUCUUCUCUAUCGAUGACUGGCAGUCCUUCGACAGUUUGCUGCAGGACUCGGGGAGAAUUCUGCGCUCGAUACCCAACAACCUGGUGGAUGCAGCAUGGGGGGGGCAGCGCCCUGCUCUCCCAGACGAAGAAAUCUAUUUCAUCCCCAAUGAAUUUGUAGGCAGCACCUGGCAGGAAAAAGUGACUGAUAUCCGGAAACAAAUGGAACAACAUCCCCAGAAGCCAACUGCGGUCCUGCUGUCAGCUCUGGAGGAAAGUGCAUGGCUUUUCAAUCUCCGUGGAGCGGAUAUUCCCAACAACCCUUUCUUCUACUCAUACUCGCUGCUGACCACGGACUCCAUUAGAUUGUUCCUGAACGUCAGCCGGAUCACCGACGAUAUCCGCACCUACCUGAACACCAACUGCCCAGGAUCCACGUGCGUUCAGAUCCUGGACUACGAAAAAGUGCGGGAAACCGUGACAGACUACGUGAAAGGGAACGUGAAAGUGUGGAUUGGAUCCAGAUACACCAACUAUGGCGUCUACGAAGUCAUUCCGAAGAAAAAACUCCUGUCUGAGACUUAUUCUCCAGUACUGAUGACCAAAGCAGUGAAAACGGAGAAAGAGCAAGAAUUAUUGAAGCAAUGCCAUAUCCGGGACGCAGUGGCGGUCGUGGAAUACUUACUUUGGCUGGAGCAAAAUGUCCCGAAGGAGGUGGUGACUGAAAUAAGUGGGGCGGAUUAUGUUGACGGGCUGAGAGCGAAACAAGCACAUUUUAAGGGACCAAGUUUUGGCACCAUUUCCGCAGGAGGCCUCAACGCAGCUCUGCCGCACUACAGACCAGAUAAUCUGACGGACCGCACACUAACUGUGAAGGAGAUGUACCUGGUGGAUUCUGGCGGGCAGUACUACGAUGGAACCACAGACAUCACGAGGACGGUUCACUGGGGGACGCCGACGGACUUUGAAAAGGAGGCGUACACGCGGGUCCUAAUGGGGAAUCUCGAGCUGAGCAGACUGGUGUUUCCACCUCGCACUCCCGGUAGAGCCAUUGAAUCGAUAGCCAGACAAGCGCUGUGGGAGGUGGGACUGAACUUCGGCCACGGAACUGGACACGGCAUCGGAAACUUCUUUGCUGUUCAUGAAUGGCCGGUGGGAUUGCAGAGCAACAAUAUCGGUUUUACAAAAGGAAUGUUCACCUCCAUCGAACCCGGAUACUAUCAUGAUGGAUAUUUUGGAAUUCGGAUUGAGGAUAUCGCGGUGGUGGUGGAAGCAGACACCAAGAACACAUUUGGAGGGGAGAAGUAUCUCACGUUUGAGACUGUGACCUUAGUCCCAUAUGACAGAAAGUUAAUAGACACCAGCCUGAUGACAGACGUGCAGAUUAAACAUGUAGACAAACACUACGAGAAAAUCCGAAAAACUCUGGGACCUGAAUUACAAAAACAAAAUCUUAAUGAGGCGUUCAAAUGGCUGGAGGAAAACACAAAGCCAUUAUUGUCCCACGGAAACUUCAUCACAGCCUCUAUUGGUAUCCUCAUCGGAACCUUCAUCACCAACCUAGGUCUGCAGUAGACUCUAUCAUAAGAGCUCCUUCACAUCUGCAUUGAAAGCUCUGUCAAGAUUCCGUCAAAAAUACUGGACAAAAAAGUCCUGCAUGCAGGACUUUUUCGUCCAGUAAUAAAAAUCAUCCCAUACGAAAACCGAACGGGCAUUGUAGUCUAUGCAGCAAGUUCAGCUGUGUUCAUCAGUUAUGUGCCAGAUCUGGCACUUCUCCUAUUUUUGUUAUUCUCCUUCUCUAAAUCAAGAACGGUGAUGUGAAGGAGCCCUAAGAGAGAUCUGCAGAUAAGAUGGUUGUCAUCCUGUGUACAUACCACAAUGGGGCAGUUACUGUGAAUAUUGCAGAUGUAAAGAUGCAGUUGAGACAGAAUGGACAUAGACAUCCUGUGGGCUGAAGAAGUAUUCAUGAGAAUGUAUUUCAUUACACUGUACUGAGGUAUGAGGCGCCUUGUGCAUCAUACCUCAUGUUAUCAAUGGUUCCUGUAACUGAGAGACUUUAAGACAAGUUUUAAAUAAAAAAUGGUGGA